CCAUUUUGAAAUCGUCUAUGGUGUCACAAAUUCAAUCUAUUUUUAGUCUCAUAAACUGUUUAAUGUUAUGAAUAACCUGAAUAGCGAAAUGAUGUCGAAUCUACGCGGCGUCUCGCCCUUAUCGGAAGCAAUGUCCGACACAUUGGAGAGAAAUAGGGGUGAGAAAGCGCUUCUGACGAAAACCGCCUCGCAAAGUCAAGUGUUUUUACAUAAAACGAAUGCAGUGAAGAAUUACUCCGACAAGAAUGGGAACGACGUGUCGAAGAGUAUGCAUAAAGGAAGACGGACUUUUGCGUUUUGGACCCUCGUGUGCCUGUUAUUUGUGUUGGCUAUCGGGAACUUGAUGUUGACAUUCACGAUACUGGCUGUUCUGCGACUUGGUCAAGGUCUGGAGAGCAUGGAGUUCCUGCCCGAGCACAACGCGAUGAAGCUCUUCGGCGCGGCGGACCUGGACCACGUGUACAAGCGGGACGGACUGCUGGAGAGCUUCCGGGACGCGCCCAUGAGCAUCGCCAGCGACAACGGCUCCGUGCUGUUCAACUUGCAGACCAGACUGUCGCGCGCGGAGACGAAGUUGGCGGUGAACGCGUCAGGUGUCUUCGCGCGCGGCGUCGGCGCCCUGGAGCUGACGGACCCGGACACCGGCGCGCGCGUGUUCAGCACCGCCAGCGCUGCGCUCACGCUCGGAGCGGCGCUCAACAACUUGCACGCUAAGCAAGUUUCCACCAAACGCAUCUCAUCACCAGUAGACGAGGACCUGACACUGAGGUCCGAGUCGUCAGCCCACCUCCGAGGAGCUGAGGGCACCCACAUGGAGUCCAAGGAGCUGUUCUGGAAGGCGGACCAGGACAUCUACCUCAAGUCCAUCAACGGGUCAGUGGUGCUCAGCGGGAAGGAAGGAGUCUUCAUCGACGUCAGGUACCUCCCCAUAGCUCUCCCAUUGAACAAGUCAGAGAAGUUUCACGGCACUGGACAAUUCAAGGUGUGUGUAUGUAUGCCGCAAGGGAAGCUAUUCCGUAUCGCGGUGCCGAAUGGACAGAAAGUCACCUGUUCACAUGUCAACAUGACUGAUGAUUUGAAUCCUUGCUCUUAAACAUUCGUAGGCAGGGACGUCGCUAGGAAGUCGUCGUCGUCGGGAAGGUCAGCUCCCCUAGAGAUUAAAAAAAAUAAACUACUCGUACAUUACGUAUUCGUAGGCAGUGGCGUCGCUAGAGAAGAGCCUACCCCCACGUACCAGUCUGGUACGUACUUACCAACGACUCCUUUUUUUACGUAGUUGGUUAAAAAUAAACCGAAUGUAAUCAUCGAAUUUGAAAGAAUCCAAAAACCGUAAAAAUAGUCGUUCUACAAUUUCUAUUUGUCUACGGUAAUCUCGAAAACUGUAAGAUAAACAUAUAUUCAUAUCAUGAUACAUAAUUGUAAGUUAAUUAUAAAGUACCUAAAUAAAUGUAAUUAAUUAACAAAUGUUAAGUUUAUUAUUUACCUAAUUGCAGAUUAUUAUUUAGUUGAAAUUAUUUAUUGUUCUAGUCAGCGAAUGAAUGUCUAAAUGUAUAUUUGAGCUUUGUAUACCUAUUUAUUAAAUAUUAGCAGUAGUUGAACGAAAUAAAUUGA